AUGUCGCUAGCAAGGUCCAGUCGAAGCGCUCAGGCGCUGUUCCGAGCUGCCCAGCGGGCAAGCAGACCUACCACCGCCUCGCCCUUCCUUGCCAGAUCCUACGCUAGCGUCGAAUCCGACAUCUUCAAGCCCACAAAAUAUGGUGGAAAAUAUACCGUAACAUUGAUUCCUGGUGAUGGCGUUGGUGCCGAAGUCGCCGAAGCAGUAAAGACGAUAUUCAAAGCGGACAACGUCCCCAUCGAAUGGGAGCAGGUCGACGUGACAGGUGUAGACUCGGGGGAUAAGCACUCAGAAGACCUCUUCAAGGAGUCAAUAUCAUCUCUUCGACGGAACAAACUCGGGCUGAAAGGAAUUCUACACACUCCAAUCGAACGAUCCGGUCACCAGUCCUUCAACGUCGCCCUACGCCAGGAACUCGAUAUCUACGCAUCUGUGGUAUUGAUCAAGAACAUUCCCGGUCUGGUGACUCGGCACAAGAAUGUGGAUCUCUGCAUUGUUCGUGAGAACACAGAGGGCGAGUACUCUGGUCUAGAGCACCAAUCUGUGCAAGGUGUCGUCGAGUCGUUGAAGAUCAUCACCCGAGCCAAGUCCGAGCGAAUUGCCAAGUUCGCCUUCUCAUUUGCGCUGGCGAACAACAGGAAAAAGGUCACUUGCAUCCACAAGGCGAACAUCAUGAAACUUGCCGAUGGUCUGUUCCGGAACACAGUCAAGAGGGUUGGGGAGGACUACCCGACCUUGGAGGUCAACGACAUGAUCGUGGACAAUGCCUCUAUGCAAGCUGUGUCAAGACCGCAACAAUUCGAUGUGAUGGUCAUGCCCAAUCUCUACGGUGGUAUUCUGACGAACAUUACUGCUGCCCUUGUCGGUGGCCCCGGUGUGGUUCCUGGUUGCAACAUGGGUCGCGAUGUUGCGGUCUUCGAGCCUGGCUGCAGACACGUCGGGUUGGAUAUUCAAGGCAAGGAUCAAGCCAAUCCUACGGCUCUGCUUCUCUCUGGUACUAUGCUUCUCAGACACCUGGGUCUGGACGACCAUGCGAACCGCAUUUCCAAGGCUGUAUAUGACGUGAUUGCUGAUGGAAAGGUACGGACGCGCGAUAUGGGUGGCGACGCGACGACACAUGAGUUCACCAGGACCAUUCUGGAUAAGAUGGAAGCUGAGCUGUAA